AGUGCAUACGUAAAGAGUAAAAAUAAAGGGUUAAGAAAUGGUUUCCCAAUUUGGUAAAGAAUUUAAUUUGGAUUGGUCGGAUAAAGAGGCUCCAAAAUAUUCUGAAUUUCAAAAAAAUCUUUUAAAAAAAUGUAAAAAAGUGACUAAACUAAGUGAAAUUACCAAAACAUCGGAAAUAAUUAUAAAUUCACAAAAAUUUCCAAUUGAAUUCCCAAUUAAUACAUGCAGAGUUGAGUUCCAACCAAAGGAAAGAUAUGAAAUAAUAGAAGAGCAAAUAAAUUCGGCAUAUCCAAUAAUUCAUGAACGUGUUAUCUGGUUAUAUUUACGAUUUUUGGAGCACAAAAUAAAAUAUGGCAACCUUACAGAAAAAAAUGUUUAUUCUGAUAUGGAUCUAAUAGACUUUGUGCAACGAUUAUUAACAAAACGUUGUGUUAGUUUUUUUCAAAGAUACGAUAAAUAUUUAUUGAUUUCCAAAGAAACUGGUACUAAUGGUCAUACAACGGUUGGAAGUUUAAAAGAAAAAUCACCUUUAUUUUUGAAAAAUUGUUUAAGUUAUGACGAAAUUAAGCUUUCCGCUCUACUAUCUGUUUCAUCUCACACAGAAUUUAUUAAUAAUGGAAAUAGACAUAAUCAGGGUCAUGUUGAAAAAAAUAAAUCAGAGAUCGAACGUUCUGGUGUUAUAAUUGGACUGAUUGGGGCAAGAUUGGUAAAACGUAAUUUUAUGGAAGCACAAGAUAUUAUUAUAUCAGAUACUCAAAAUACCAAGGAACAUGGAUAUGGUAAAAAAGAUCCUAGUGAAACUGGUUUAAAAGCAACAAAAAAUGAUUAUCGUCAAAUGUGGAAUGAUUUUUAUAAUGAAUUAGAUUUUAUAUAUAAUGACGUUAAAGUUGAUAAUGGAAGAUUUCAUAGAUUAAAUGCUAAUGAAAUAUUCGAUAGCAUUGUUAUGAAAAAACGCUAUACGAUAUCUUUUGAUACAUUAUUAUUAGAUGCUGCUGCUAGAGCUUUCAAUGAAAAAAAACAAGCUUAUAUUCAUGUUGUAGGAAUAGGGCUAGGAGUAUGGAAAUGUUGGAAAGAACAAGAAAAAAUAUUUUUAGCAACAUUUGCACAAAGAAUUAAAAAAUUGAUAUUAAAAUUAAAUAAUAUUUCAAUUAUACACUUUUCAUAUUUUAAUAAUGAUGGUUUUGAAGAAAUAAAGAAUGGUGCAAUUUUUCAUAGUGAUUCACAUCCGAAUGGUGGAAUUAAAAUAUUAGUAUCAAAAAGAAAUCCACAUCAGAAAUUGCACCAACCUGAAUUAGAAAAUUAUUUGCCAGUUAUAUCAUAUGCUUGGGACGGAAAUGCAUUGCCAGGAAAUGAAUUUUGGCUGAAACAUUUAAAAUCAACAAGCGAUUCAGCAGCUGCAUGUAGUACUUUAAUUACAGAGUUACAUAAUCCACAUAUUAACACAAAGCGAGUAAAUGCAAAUAAUUUACAUAUUGCAUCUGAAGAAUUUGGUGUACUUCAUAUAAGUGAAUACGCUGAAAAAAUAUUAAAAAUGCUGUGAAAAUUAAAACACGUUACUUAUUAUCGUUUUUCAUUUAAACAUCAAGAUAAGAUUAAAUUGUUAUAUAGCACUGCGCAGACAUAUUUUCUAUCAAGUUUUGUUUUUAUAUUUUUGU